CGAGUGCGCCGAGCACGUAAACGGUUGUGCCGGUGUGCGGUGUCCGCCUGAACGUUGGUGUCUGUGUAUGCGUGUCAUCUUUGUGGCAUCACACGUCAACUACACUGAACGCUGUUCCGACCCUGCCUGUGGAUAGCGCUGCAAGCCACAACGAUAACAUGUUUCGUACUAUGUUUAUCACUUGGUCAGGAGAGAGUGAAUGCAAGCGGCUGACGCAACAAAAAGCCGGCUCCACAUUUUCCACUGGCCAACACCAGCGACACCAGCUGCUGCAAAAAAAAACGAGAUAUGGCGCCGUUUUCACAACCUUCGCAGGUCCUGUGCCUCUUCGCCGCUCUGCUGAGCAACGCCGUCGCGGUGUACGUCCCUACGUACGGCCUACCCUUGGCCGGCUACCCUGCCACUCUGCCAGCUGUGACGACGGUGCACGCAGCCCCACUAACAUCAGUGCAAACUGUCCACCAUGCGGUGCCUAUCACUCCCACGGUACACAACGUGGCUACCCCGUACGGCUACCGCACCACUGGAGUCAGCUACAGCCACAGGGUCGAUGCCCACCCGGUGCGUGUGCGCUACGUGCAGGGACUUGCUCCGUACGGCCUCAACUACGGCUAUGGGCUGGACGCCUUCGGAUACACAACUCUUCUGAAGAAAUAAAUGGACAUCAAGGCCAAGCGACGAAGCAGUGCCUGACUUUGAGAAUGAUCCACAGGAAGCAACAAUACUACAAGAUACCGCUGGCCAUGGCUGCGGCUUUUGUUUUAGGUUCACGAGUCUGAGAGGAGAAAACAGAAAUGAAGAUGUGAUAAGCAUCUGUUAAGUUUUUAAAUAUAUUCGAUCGAAUAAAAACAUG